AUGGAUCAGCAACGAUUUUUGCAACAACUUCAGAUUGUCCUGAAUCCCGCUCAGGGAAACGUCAAGGAAGCCACCGGUGUUCUUCAGCGCGAGUACUAUAACAAGGCUGAGUCACUAGUCCUCCUCAUUCAAAUCGCAACCAGCCAUGAAGAUGCCAACUUGAGGCAGCUCGCUGCCGUCGAGGCUCGCUCUUUGGUGAACAAGCAGUGGACCUCUGUCCAAGCAGGCCAGAAGCCCCAGAUCCGUGAGCAGCUGCUGCGUUCUGCACUUAGCGAGGGCUCCUCUCUUGUCCGUCACUCGAUAGCUCGUGUGAUCUCAGCUGUUGCCAAGGUUGACCUGAUCGAUGGCGAGUGGGCCGACCUACCCAACUUCCUGCUCCAGGCCGCGAACAGCGGUAACAAGGAUGAACGUGCCGUGGGCACCUAUAUUCUUUUUACCAUUCUGGAGACCCUUGGAGAGGGGUUCGAGGAGAAAUUCCAGGAUCUGUUCAACCUGUUCAACAAGACGAUUCGCGACCCAGAGAGCGAGGAAGUCCGCAUUAACACUCUUCUUGCCUUGAGCAAGCUUGCUAUGCAUCUUGAUUCUGACGACAACAUAGCUCCUGUGAAGUCUUUCCAGGAGAUUCUUCCCGCCAUGGUUGCUGUGCUUAAGGAUGCCAUCGACCAGAAUCAGGAAGACCGUGUCAUGCAAGCUUUCGAGGUUUUCCAGACCCUUCUGGGAUGUGACCCGGCCCUUAUGACCGUCCAUCUCAAGGACCUCGUUGUCUUCAUGAAUGAAAUUGCCGCCAAUACCCAGGUUGAUGAGGACACCCGUACUCAGGCUAUCAGCUUCUUGAUGCAGUGCGUGCAAUAUCGCAAGCUCAAGGUCCAGGGUAUGCGCAUCGGUGAACAGCUCACUCGUACCGCUCUGCACAUCGUCACAGAGCUUGGUGACGCUUCUCCCAGCGACGACGACAUCACCCCCGCACGGUCUGCCCUGGGUCUACUUGAUAUGUUGGCUCAGAGUUUGCCACCUAGCCAGGUUGUCGUGCCACUUCUUCAGUCCUUGGGCCAGUACUUCAACAACGACGACCCAGACUAUCGCCGGGCCGGCAUCAUGGCUCUCGGAAUGUGUGUUGAGGGUGCUCCCGACUUUAUCAGCACUCAAAUGAAGGAAAUCUUCCCCAUGGUCUUCCAGCUUCUCGCUGAUCCGGAGCCAAAGGUCCGCCAGGCAUCCUUGCACUCUGUAGCACGCUUGGCAGAUGACCUGGCCGAGGACUUGAGCCAGGAGCACGAAAGGCUCAUGCCUUUGCUUUUCAAGAACUUGGCUAGCGCUAUGCAGGAAUACAAGGGUGAAGAAGAUGGCCCAAAUGUUGACAUCAUGAAGGCUGGUAUCAGCGCAAUUGAUUCUGUGGUUGAUGGCUUGGAUGAGAAGGAUGUCGCUCCUUAUCAGAGUGAAUUGGUUCCCAUCCUGCACAAGCUCUUCAAGCACCCUGACUUCAGAAUCAAGGGCCUUGCUGCUGCUGCACUAGGCUCGCUUGCCUCUUCAGCAGGUGACUCUUUCCUGCCAUUCUUUGACGAUUCGAUGCAUCUGCUACAGGAAUUUGCCACUGUCAAGGACAGCGAGGAUGAGUUGGACCUGCGUGCUAGUGUGACAGAUGCUAUGGGCGAAAUGGCUGCUGCCGCUGGACCUGAGCGUUACCAGCCUUAUGUUGAGCCUCUCAUGCGUGCCACCGAGGAGGCUCUUCACCUGGGCCACUCUCGUCUCAAGGAGAGCACCUACAUCUUCUGGGGUGCCAUGGCCAAGGUCUACGUCGAGCAUUUCUCUCCAUUCCUGGACGGUGUUGUCAAGGGUCUUUUUGCCUGCAUUGAACAGGAUGAAACCGACCUUGAGCUUUCGUUUGGUGAGGCUGCUAAGGAUCUCGUCGGCCAGGAGGUGACCAUUGCCGGUCGCAAGGUCAAGGUUGCCAGCGCUGAUGAUGAUGAAGAGCCUGUCGGCGAAGAUGGCGACAUCGAAGAUGUUGAUGUCGACGAGGAUGACGAUGCUUGGGAUGAUAUCACUGCCACGACUCCCCUGUCUCUCGAGAAGGAAAUUGCCGUCGAAGUCAUUGGUGACCUGGUUACCCACACCAAGUCUGCCUACCUGCCUUAUUUUGAGAAGACCGUCGAGAUGGUUCUGCCUCUCGCCGAGCAUCCCUAUGAAGGUGUGCGCAAGAGCACUAUCAGUACCCUGCACCGCUCAUACGCCAUGCUGUAUGCGAUUGCGGAGGAGGGUGGCCAGAUGGCCAAAUGGCAGCCUGGCCUGCCUUUGCAGGUUGAGCCUGCUAAGGAGGUGAAGAAGUUUGGUGAAAUUCUCAUGACUGCCACCAUUAAGAUGUGGACUGAGGAAGACGAUCGGGCUACUGUCGCUGAUAUCAACCGCAACAUGGCCGAGAACCUGCGCUACUGUGGUCCUUCCCUUGUCGCCAACGAGACUACCCUCCACAACGUCAUCCAAAUGAUUACCGAUAUCAUCACUAAGCAGCACCCUUGCCAGGUCGAGUUUGCUCCUGAAGAAGAGGCCCUUGAGGCCGGUGAGGAGACUUCGGAAUUCGACUGGGUUGUUGUUGAUACUGGUCUCGACGUUGUUUCCGGCUUGGCUGCCGCCCUCGGUCCCAGCUUCGCCGAAUUAUGGAAGGUCUUUGAAAAGACCAUCCUUCGUUACGCUGGAAGCAGCGAGUCGCUCGAGCGUGCCACUGCUGUUGGUGUUCUCGCUGAGUGCAUUAAUGGCAUGGGCUCUGCUGUCACCCCGUUCACUCCUGCCUUCCUCAAACUUCUGGUUCACCGUCUCGGUGAUGAGGAUCCACAGACCAAGUCCAACGCUGCCUAUGCUGUUGGCCGUCUCGUCGAGCAUUCCAACGCUGCUGAGAUCAUCCAGGAGUACCCUACUAUUCUUGGCAAACUUGAGUCCUGCAUGCAUCAAAAUGUCUCCCGGCUUCAGGACAAUGCUACCGGCUGCAUCAGCCGCAUGAUCCUCCGACACCGUGAAAGCAUUCCGCUUAAGGAUGUUCUACCUGCCCUGGUUGGACUCCUGCCUCUGAAGAACGACUUUGAGGAGAAUGAUCCCUUGUAUCGCAUGAUCUGCCAGCUGUACAAGUGGGAGGAUAGCACAAUCCAGGAGCUUACUCCUCAGCUCAUACCGAUCUUCCAAUCUGUCCUCUGCGGUGAUCAAGACCAGCUCGAGGACGAGCGCCGUGCUGAGCUCGUCGAGCUUGUCAAGUGGCUGAACCAGAUGCAUCCGGGAGCUGCUCCUUGGGCUGAGCAGCUGUAA